UUCAUUUUUAUUGUGUGUGUUAUCUAUGAUGGUGCUACUCCACUUUUCUUUUUCCCGAGUUUCAGCCAUAACCUGCAUCCAAAAAGAGCGAGAGGCCCUCCUUCAAUUCAAAAAUAGUUUUGACGAUCCUUCAUAUCGCUUGGUUUCAUGGAGAGGAACAAAUUGCUGUAAUUGGUAUGGUGUGGGAUGUAAUCAAACUACUGGGCAUGUUACUAUGAUUGAUCUUCGAAACAAUCGGUUUGACUACUCAGCUUUAUGUAGCAAUUCUAUUCACUCUAGUUUGCUUGAACUCAAACACUUAAAUUACUUGGAUUUAAGUGGAAACUAUUUCAACUAUACUCAAAUCCCACACUUUUUAGGUUCAAUGGUUGAAUUAACAUAUCUUAAUCUUUCUUAUGCAUUCUUUGAUACAAAAUAUCUUCUUCCUCCUAAUUUAGGAAAUCUUACUAAAUUGGUUGUUCUUGAUUUAUUAAAUUCUUACCUUCAUUCCACAAGUACCCAUGAAUGGAAGCAACCCAAUUGCAACGUUGAAUGGAUAUCUCAUCUUUCUUCCUUACAGUUCUUUUCCUAUAGUAGCUGGUAUCUUUCCAAAGUUUCCAAUUUAAUGCAAGUGCUAAGUUCUCUUCCUUUUUUGUCAUCCUUAACAUUGAGAGGUUGUGGCCUUCAAAACAACCAAUUUUCUUUGAGUUCCAUGAAUUCUUCAUUUCUUUCUAGAAUUCAAUAUCUAGAUUUGUCUGUUAAUAAUUUCGAUGGUCCAAUUCCUAAGGCUUUUCACAACAUGACUUCCUUGAAAUUCCUAGACCUUUCAGAAAAUCAGUUCACUUUCAUUGAGGGUGAAGUUUCAUCCUUCAUAUUUGGAAACAAUUGUAUCCUAAAAACACUUGAUUUAUCGUUUAACUCUGAUUUUGGUGGAGAUGUGUUUGGAAGUUAUGAAAAUGAAUCUAUGGGAUGCAGUCGGUAUGAUCUACAAGUGCUUAAACUAAAAGGUACAUCUCUGAAAACUAAAAUUCCAGAUUGGUUAGGAAAAUUCAAAAACUUGAGGUCUCUUUCCCUUUCUAGGAGUUACAUUUAUGGUUCAAUUCCCGCUUCACUUGGCAAUUUAUCCCAACUUGAAGAUUUAGAUCUUUCAGACAAUGCUCUAACCGGAGCAAUUCCAACUUCAUUUGGGAGAUUAUUAAAUUUGAGAAUAUUAAGUCUCGAAUGGAAUAGAUUGGAGGAGUUGGGGGAGGAAUGUUUUAUACAACUUGAAAAUUUGGAGGUGCUAGACAUAUCACAUAACUUGCUCAAAGGCGUACUUGCAGAAGUUCAUUUUGCGAAUCUCUCUCGGUUGAAUACCUUAUCGAUUGGUGACAAUGAGCAUCUUUCGUUAGACAUGAAAUCUAACUGGAUUCCUACCUUUCAGUUAAAGUAUUUUUAUGCAAGUUCAUGUACGGGUUGUUUUGGAACUGAGUUCCCUCCAUGGCUUCGAACACAAACGGCAUUGGUUACUUUGGGGUUGUCCAAUACAAGUAUCUCAAGCGAUUUUCCUAUAUGGUUGAGAGCCCGAAGUCUCACCGCUUUGGAUCUUUCCCACAACCAAAUUGUGGGGCCAAUUCCCACGAGCAUUGGAGAUCAAAUGCCGAAUUUGAAAUACUUGUAUCUCAAUGGUAAUCUUAUCAAUGAUUCUUUACCACUUUCACUUUGCAAGUUGAAGAAUUUGACUGAAGUCGAUCUUUCAAGUAAUGAGUUUUCAGGAAUGGUUCAAGGUUGUUUGCUGACUUCAAACUUGACGAUUUUGGAUUUGUCUUCAAACAAUUUUUUCGGGACAUUUCCAUAUUCACAUGGAAAUCUUUCUGGUAUUCGAAUGUUGUUCUUGGGAAACAAUAGUUUUGAGGGAUACAUGCCAAGAAUCUUAAAGAAUUCCAAAGAUAUGGAAAUUUUAGAUCUCGAAAGAAACAAAUUCUCUGGAAACAUCCCCACAUGGGUGGGUAAUAAUCUUGAAUAUUUGAGAUGUCUGAUACUACGUGGUAAUUUGUUCAAUGGUACCAUUCCUUCAAGUCUCUCCAAUCUCACAUACUUAUUCAAUUUGGAUCUUGCACAUAACCAAUUAGAAGGACCUAUCCCACAAAAUCUCCGCAAUUUUGAUGCAAUGACAGGGCAAGCAUAUGUUGCCUUUUCCAGUUAUAGAGAGAAAAGUAUAAGUCAGUCAAUCAAAUCAAAUGACUUAUAUUACUCCAUGGAGCAACUAGAAGUCAUGGUGAAGAUAGAUCUCUCUCAAAAUUACUUGGUCGGUUCUAUUCCAAGUGAGAUAACAAAGCUUAAAGAGUUGAUUGGGUUGAAUUUAUCCCACAACAAUCUAACCGGGACAAUUCCUGCUGAAAUAGGGGAAAUCGAAUCAUUGGAAUCACUUGAUUUAUCUUUCAAUCAACUCUCUGGGCCAAUUCCGAGGAGCAUAUCAAGAUUAAAUUCAUUAGGCGAUUUGAAACUAUCUCACAACAAUCUCUCUGGAGAGAUUCCUCGAGAGGGUCAUCUUUCCACAUUCAAUGAGCCUUCAAGUUUUGAUGACAAUCCUUAUCUUUGUGGGGAUCCGCUUCCAAAGAAGUGUAGAACUGAGAAUUCGUUUGAGCCGCCAUUCAGAAAUAUCGAGAAUCAAGAUGAAGAGGAGAAUAAAUGGGAGAAGUGGUUGCUUUACAUAAUGAUAAUACUUGGCUAUGCCGUCGGAUUUUGGGGAGUUGUUGGAGCUUUGAUAUUGAAGAGGAAUUGGAGAUACGCAUAUUUCAACUUUGUGGAUGAGACUAAAGACAAGAUUCAUGCAACAAUGCAGCGGAGCAUCGAGACGUUGAAAGGAAUGUGCAUUCACAAGUGAUUUGAUUCGUUGGUCGAUGUUUUCCAAUGGAUUAGCCGAGUAGGGUUCUAAGCUUUCCUCCCGUUGAAGGUAACUACGCUCUACAUCUUUAUAGCCGAUUGGGUCAAUCCCAUAUAUUCUUCUUCAAUUGUGUUCUUGAUUUAUGUUUUGUUGUAUGUAUAGAAAUCCUUGUUCCUUCCGACAGUUUUCUUGUUGGUCGUGUUUUUUCUUUGAACGUGUCAUUUUUCUACAUUACUAUGGUGUUGUUUCUUCUGUGUAUGCUACGAGUCUUGCCCGAUCAAGGAAUCUCAGCUUGUGUUUGCUUGUUCUUAUGCUAUUAUGUGGGUUCUUUGGAGGGAAAGGUUUAAUUUUUAUGGGAGUUUAUACAAUGUGUAAAGGUACGUGGAAAACAAUAAUAGACUUAUUACUUGUUGUUGGAUUGUGUACA